AUGUCCAAUAUUACUGGGAAAGGAAAAUAUGAAGAUAUUAAAAACUUUGAAGUCAAUUAUGUCCUUGAAAAUCAAGCUAACCCUGCAGAACAACCUACAAAAGAGGCUCUUGAUGUUGCACUAAUUAAGGUGAUUGUGCCAAUCGAUGUUCAAGAAGUUCAUGUUGUUGAUGUUCUUGUUGUAUACACUUUCAUAGAAGAUAUUCUUAAUGACAAUCAUUUGGAGAUUGAGGACUCUAGUGAUAAAGAGUCUCUAGCGAGUCAACAUAAUGGUGAUGGUAAUGAUGUUGUUAAAGAAGUGGAUCAGAUGGAGGAAGAAACAGAUACUGAAAUAGAGGUUCCUAUAGAGGAUAAAGCCCAAAAUAUUGUUCCUGAUGAAACCCGGGAAACCAAUCUAAGAGAUCAAAAUGUUGACAAAAAUGUGAUGGACAACUAG